UAUUGUUUUUUCCUUAGUGCCUCACUAAAUUCCCCCAAAUCUGAGAGCACUCGCGGUGGCAGAAGUCUGAAGCUCAAGCCCCCUUAAACAAUGGCCUCCUCCAAAAAAUCCACAGCAGAGAAAAAAAGGAAAGAAACCAAACCCACAAAAACACCCAACAAGAAAAGCAAUACCACUACAACGAAGAAAGAUCCAGAAAAGAACAAGAAGACUUGCAAUGGCACCGUCAACAACGCCAUAUCGAUCCCAUCUUCAAGCAUAGAGUCCCAAGAAGAUGAACAACAAGAGCGAAGCAAAAGCAAAAGCAAAAGCGCAAGUACAACCAAGAAAGCCAAUAGCACCGCAUCCAAGAAAGGCAAACAAAAACGACGAGUGGAAGAGGUAAACGACGUCGUUCACGAAGAAGAAGAAGAAGUUGGAGAGAAAGAGGUAAACGACGCGAAGAUGCAUAGGUUUCCAAUGAAUCGUAUCAAGACGAUCGCUCGGAGCGAAGACUCCGGUUUGCGCAUAACCCAGGAGGCCCUGUAUCUCCUCAACAAAGCCACGGAUACGUUUCUCGAGCAAUUUACAAAAGAUGCACAUGCUUGUUGCGUUCAAGACCGCAAAAAAUCGCUGGGUUACAAACACCUUUCAUUAGUCGUUUCUAAAAGGAGCAGAUACGACUUUCUUUCAGAUUUUGUCCCUGAGAAAGUAAAAGCUCAGGAUGCCUUGGCAGAGAGAAAAGUAACCGAGACAGAGACGGGCUAGGACCUUCAAAAUGUGCUGAUUUGAAGGGUAUAUUAUAUAGCCAGGAAGAUGCGUCUUAGUGGAUUGCUUCUUUAGAUGGCCGGCUAGCUGGUUUGAAUUGAAUCAGAGUGCCCUAGAUCUAGAGUUUGUCUUUGUGAUGACUUUUUUGAACAGAAUGUUCUUGUUCUUGUCAAGUUAGAAUGAGAAUUGAAUUUUGUGGAGAAGUUUGUUAUUUCCUGUCAAUCAUGAAUUUCACAAGUAAUGGGAAACAGACCAUGCCUUUGGUCAUUUUUCA